AUCCCCAACCUCUGAGAAGUGGUAAACAGGGCCAGUCCCACCAGUGAUGUCUCUCACACCUAGAAGGGAAUAAGAACAAGAUUCCAAAACUUUCCUACAUACUUCCCGCCCCUGCCCCCAACAUCCCAGAAGUUAAAAGCGCCUGUGGCACUGGCUAUUUUCCUUUGCUGUUGUGAGCUGAAGACCUGAAGAAAUCCACAACAGCUACGGCAGGUGGACCUGACAGCAAUGGACCCCCCUCAACUGUAUCUUCCAGAGUCUUUUAAGGGUGCCUGUGGAAGAGCUGGCCAGUACCGAAGACUCCAGCAACCCAGAAAGAAAAACGGCCCCUUCAAAAGGAAGGGGAUGGAAAGAUGGCAUAGAGCUGUGUCUACCAACCUAGUAAAACAAAACAUAUUGGUGCCCAAAGAUGAAACGUCCGGGGAUAGCGACAUGGAAUUUCAUGAAAGCCAGCAAAAUACAAAAAAAACCUGGAUGAAGAAAGUGAAGACUGUUUUGGGAAGGAUGCUGUCCUACAAAAGUAGAAGCAAGUCAGCAAAUGGCAGCAGAGGGGCCUGCGCCAACCCUAAGGAAACUUUCCUUUCAAACCCUCAGAGCCUUCUUCCUAGAAUUGUCAAGGACCUUCCAUCUGCCAGGUUAUUCAUGAAACCAAGAAUGAGAAAGCUGUCACAGAAUGCGACUAUACAACUUGAUGUUGUAGAAGCUGAGACAGAGGAGAUAACCCGAGGAAAUACUCUACUCCGGGCCAGGAGAACCACCAAGCGGUUGUCUGUGACAUCCCUUCCUUCAGGACUGCAGAAGGUUCCGUACUCAUCAAAAAAGAGAUCCCACUUUCCAGCACUCAAAAAAAAGAAACAUAGAGUGGAAAACAUCCUCCGAAAAUCAGAUUUGACAGUGGGAAAGCUUCAAAUGCAGGUGGAUGACCUCAUAGAAACAGUGACAGAUAAAUCCAUGAAGUUAUUGGCCCAAAGACAUGCGGAGCUUCAACAGUGUGAGUUUCUAGGGGAUGAAAUUCUUCAGUCUUCGAAGCAGUUCCAGAGGAUAUCCAAGAGAACCAUGAGGAAGUAUAAACUGAAAAAUGUAGGAUAUAAGAAGCCAGCAGAGUAUAAGUGAACUUAAGCCACUAUUGAUCAUUAAGCAGACUGAUUCUGAUGAGGAUCUUACUACCUAUUUGCCCAGCAAAGAAAAGAUCAGCUAG